AUGGCGUCACGACCGCCAAUGAUGGCGCCCCAUAAUGAGACGGAUUCGAUGACCAGUCGAAUUACGCGUGAGGGAAAACAGAUCACUUACAGAUUGACUGUGAUGCAACAACCCGAACGCGCAAGAGCGUGUGGUGCUGGUGCCAAGUCUUCUGCCGACCGACGUCCCGUUGACCCACCACCCGUUGUGGAAUUGCGCAUCUUCGAAUCCGAACCAGGUCCCGACCAACCCCAGACCGAUAUCACUUUCGCCUACAAUGCCAAUUUCUUCCUGUAUGCCACUUUGGACACUGCUCGUCCGGUCGCUCACGGGCGGAUGGCUGGACCUCCGUCGUGCCCGGUAUUGACAGGUGUGCCUGUCGCUGGUGUUGCUUAUCUUGAUCGCCCUUCGCAAGCAGGUUACUUCAUCUUUCCCGAUCUGUCAGUUCGCCACGAAGGUCGCUAUAGGUUAAACUUCCAUCUAUAUGAAGAGAUUAAGGAGGCUAAGGAUGCCGACAAGGAUUCAUCCGAUCCUCUUCCCAACCAAAUCCGCAAUAAUCUCGGCAAGCCAGGCCCACCACAAGCAUCCCUUUCCUUCCGUCUCGAGGUUAAGUCAGUUCCUUUUACUGUCUACAGUGCGAAGAAGUUCCCAGGUCUGGCUACCAGCACCUCAUUGAGCCGUGUCAUUGCUGAGCAAGGAUGCCGUGUUCGCAUUCGUCGUGACGUUCGCAUGAGACGCCGCGGUGACAAGCGUGAUGAGGAAUUCGACUACGAUGAGGAGCGUAAUGGCGCUGUAUAUGCUCGGUCGUCCGACCGAUACUCAACGCCAGAUCGCUAUGUGGCACAAACAGUGGAACGACCUCGGUCAAACAGCAAUACCAGCCAAAUGGAAUCGCCAUAUGGAUUUGGACCGGAGAUACAACGACGGCCUUCAGUACCAGAUUAUGCCUUCCAAUGCCCUCCCCCUUACCAGCGACCCAUGCCACCCGCACCGAUGCCACACAACAGCAACACCCCGUCUUAUCAAUCACACCUUUCCUUUGGAUCGACUCCAACUCAAUAUCCUGCUCCCCAUAUGCCGCCUACUCCUCCCCCAGUUGCCGCCGCUGGUGGCAUGUAUUCCCCACAUACUGGGUACGCUAAUAUUCGACACCCCUCUACCAUGUCAGAAUACGAUGGAACACCUAUGGGCUAUCCCAUGGCACCACAAAUGCAGAAUGGUUACCCCAAGAACAAUAUGAACAAUAUGAACAUGAAUCAAUAUCGUGUUGAAGCACCCAAACCCACACCAUACCUGAUUCAAGACCCGCAACAAUAUCUGCCGCCACCACAUAUGAUACGACAUGACCAGACACCUACCAUGGGCCAUGUUGGUAUUUCAGCAAUGAAAGCUUUGUCGAGCGAAUAUGUCAAUAUCCAGCCUUCAAUUGAGAGUAUACCGCCUAGCCCCGGUGGUUAUGACUCCUUCUCCGGGAAACGGAUGCUCUAUCAUACAGGACCUACUGGCACGAAGCGUAGCCAUGAAGAUUCAUUUGGCAUCGAUGACCGUCCCAUGCACAAUGGAAUGCGACCGGACGCAGAGCCAUACCCCAAUGCUUAUCGAGAUUUCUCCGCCGAGAGUCGUGCAGCCUUGAUGGCCGAGCUUGGCGUGGACAUGGCAUACAAACGAGCUAAUGGCAGGAUGGUGAUGAAAAUACCUGCCGGUCAAUAA